AUGCUGGAGAUGCGGAAACAAAAUUUCGACGGCAGCAGCAGCAAGGAGGGAUUCAUCCAGUUCAGCGCCUACCGCAUCACUCCCUCCCGCAUGGUCGCCAUGGGCCUCAUGCCCCUCACACACCAUGACGUCAUCACCGCCCAGCACUGCUGGUGGGAGGCAGCCAAUGGGCAGUGGACAGAUGGCGCCAUCUCAGUGAAGUUCCCAGGGGAGCACCAUGCACGCGCGUACGAGUGUGUGCUGCUGUACUGCGACCUGCAACGACCAGUCAGCUCCAUGGUGGGAGGCACACUCAAGAUGGCGGUGGACCAGCAGGACCUGGUGGUGUUCAAGGAGAGCCCCGGCACGCCCGAGCCUCCGCCGGAGGUUCGGGAGGACGUGCGGGUGUUUGAGCGCAACCUGACGUACUGCUCCGCGCCCAUGUUUGGUGCGAUUGACACGCAGCGGCUGCUGGAGUGGAUCGAGUUUCAUAGAUCCGUUCAUGGCGUUGACUACCUGCGCAUGUAUGAUGCAGGGGCCAUGGAUGAUGACGUCAUGGCAGCUCUGAGGCCGUACCUCAGAGCAGGCAUCAUGGACAUCACUGAUAUCAAGGGGCCCGCGCUCUAUGACACCUGGAGCUAUGCGCAGGUUCUCAUGGUGAAUGACUGUGCUCUCAGGUCUCGACAACUCACAAGGUGGGUGCUUUUCAUGGAUGUCGACGAGUACAUUCACGUGGUGGAGCCGCCCCACUCGCUGCUGGUCUUCCUCAACUCAGUGCCCGCCAUCCCCUGGCUCUCCUUCGGCUCCCUCACCUUCCCUCUUGACAUCUGCGGCAAGAUACAGGAGGCCGGAUGGGAGCCAUGGGCGGUGGAGCAGCUGGUGUUUCGGGAGCCGGUGCCGCACUGCAAGGAGCCCACCAAGUACUACAGUCGUGACGCGUGCCUCAAGUGGGACGGCCACCGAAAAUACGUGGUGAACCCUAGAGCAGCACAAGUCCUCCAGAUUCACCGAGUCUAUGAGCUCAACCCUGCCUAUGAUGCCAAUGCCCCUCCUGACGCCACUGCUGCUGCCUCUGCUCAAGCUGCCGCUGCCCUUCUAGCCACUUCUGGCAGGGAAGAGGGUAACAGUGACGAUAAUGGUAACAGUACAGGAAACAGUACGAGUGUGGGUGCUCAUAGCGGGGCAGCUUCUACAGGGAAGCUGAUACCUGUUGACGACGUGCAAGGGCUGCUUAUAGGGAUCCAACACAGCAUCAGACCACCGGCGAUCCUGCUGUUAACCAAGAACCAUGAGACGUCUCAAAACAACAGCAGACCUUCGCCAGUUCUGCGACGAGGCAAGAAUGCGUCGCUGGUUGUUUGCGCGGCGGCGUGCGACACGCAGAUGUCGUCCGGCGGCGGAGGAGAGUCACAGUCGUCGUCGGGAACGUCGGGAUCGCAGCAGGCGACACAGCAAAAGCAAUCGGCUCCUAACGUGGCGAAGCUUGACAUGGGAGGAACAGGUUUUCCUCCACGGGAUGACGAUGGGGGUGGUGGAGGAGGUGGGGGCGGUGGUGGCCGCUUCUG